AUGGCCUCACGCUCGUUUCGCCGCUUUGUCUUUCUAGCCGUUGUCUUCUUUUUCGUGGUAGGUCUCUACUUUGUCGACCAGAGACCUGUUCCGUCGUCCAAUGUGGCAACACUGCUCCAUGACAUUGUCAUGGGCCCGCCACUUCAGAUGCCAGAGCUGGAGCUGCGCAACGAUGUACCAGAAUGUGCUAUUCUCACGCCGCAAAAGGGCUUUGUUGACUUGCUGGGCCUCUCCGAGUCUGCUGAAGACGGCAAAGCCGUCGCAUGGCCUGUCCGUGCGCCGGGCCUUGCCCACAACUAUUCUAUUGGUAUCUGUCUGAGCCCGUUGAAGAAACUGCUCGUUGAAUCCGUGUCUGUCAGAGACGGCGUGGAUGCUUCGCACAUGGGUGCCUUUUACGUUGAUCCCUCGGGAGAAUACGUGCUGAUGGGCCAGGUGUCGUCAAGACCAGAAUACCAUGGCCACAGGCUCACAUUGACGUAUGAAAACGGCUCGUUCUGCAACACUGUGCAGCAGACCAAUGGGGAGAAAAUGCGCCAGAAAACCAUUUUGACAUUCAUGUGUGACCACCAGAUGAUGGGCCGAGCGCAUAUCACCCAUCUAGCGUCGGCCGAAGAUUGCACCCACGUUUUUGAGGUUCGCUCGCAUUUUGCAUGUGCUACGGCAGCAAAGGCCGACAAUCUUGCGGCCGUGUGGAUAUUCCUUUUGAUUUUCCUUGCGGCACUCAUGGUGUUUUUCUCGGGCGAAGUGUUGUACCGCCACUUGAAGCGGAAAGAAGUGGUGGUGUGA